GCGAGCACAAACUCCUCACCCAUCGUUCGACCAGCUCAUCGAGUCCUGUCGAGAUACGCACUCACAGCUCUCUCCGACCCACCACUGUUUUCUCCAUGGCUUCCUCAACGGCUUUCCUCCUCCUCCUCGUCGCUGCUUUGCACGUGUGUUGCUGCCACGCGCAAGGCGGCGACGACGGCGCCGUGUCGGCGAUCUACAGCCUCGGCGAUUCCAUCACGGACACGGGGAACCUGGUCAAGCAGGCGCCGCCCGGCGCCUUCGAGACCAUCAAGCACCUCCCCUACGGCGUCACCUUCGGCCACCCCACCGGCCGAUGCUCCGACGGACUCCUCAUGAUCGACUUCCUCGCUCAGGACAUGGGCCUCCCGUUCCUCAACCCGUACCUGGCCAAGAACAUGAGCUUCGACCAUGGAGCCAACUUCGCCGUCGCUGGAGCCACCGCCAUGGACCCCGCCGACCAGUUCAACGGGAGAUUCUCCAUGCCUUUCACCGCAAAUUCCCUCAAGCUGCAGCUCAGGUGGUUCAAGGACUUCAUGAAGUCCACCUUCAACACCGACGAAGAAAUUCGCAAAAGGCUCCAAUCAUCUCUGGUUUUGGUCGGGGAGAUCGGAGGAAACGACUACAACUUCGCCUUGUUCUGGAAUAGGAAUGUCAGCGAGGUGGAGAAACUCAUCCCAUCCGUCGUUCAGACCAUCAUCGACGCCACCAAAGAAGUGCUGGACAUGGGCGCGGGCAGAGUCAUCGUCCCGGGCAACUUCCCCAUCGGCUGCCUCCCGAGCUACCUCACCGCGAUGGCCUCGCCGGAGCAGUCGGCCUACGACUCCGCAGGCUGCCUCAAGGACCUCAACCUCUUCGCUGCCAAGCACAACGCGCAGCUACAGCGAGCCGUGGCCGGUCUCCGGGCGUCGUACCCCGACGCGGCCAUCGCCUACGCCGACUACUUCAACUCCUUCCUCAGCCUCCUCAAGGGCGCCCCGGCGCUCGGUUUCGACGAGGAUAGCACACACAAGGCGUGCUGUGGCGCCGGCGGCAAGUACAACUAUGACGAGAGGCGGGCGUGCGGCGUGGAGGGGGCCGCGGUGUGUGCGGACCCAUCGGCGUACGUGAGCUGGGACGGCAUCCACAUGACCCAGGCGGCGUACAAGGCCAUGUCCAGGCUCAUCUAUCAUGGGAGGUACCUUCAGCCGCAGAUACUCAGCUUCCCGGAGAAGAAUGGGCAGACAUGAUAAACUGUUUGACUCUCCCCUAGACUAGACGAUGGAAAGCCUCAUCGCAACGGACGAUGCUUCGGUGCCUUAAGGCACCUAUCUUUAUAUCUAUAACAUGUAGGUUCAACAGGUGGCUGGUCCACAUGUCAGUGACCCAAAGACAGGUGCAUUCCCACUGCAACAGUUUGAGCCUUCGAUGAGUUCUUCCAUGGCUAUGCCGCCAUAUGCUACAUAUGCGCUCUGCACUAUGUAUCCAGAUUAAACUACUCCGAGCUAAAGUCAAAGUAAAGAUGCAGUUUAGCA